AGUGGGUGCGGGUUUCGCACACACAUGCACUGCACACAUGCAGCGUGCUCAGAAUGACACAGCCCAGUACAGUGUUGAGCAUUUUUGCCAUGUUUCUUCACACCACAUUUGGGGAAAGUGGUUGCACCUCAGCAGACGGUGAUGGGACUCUUGGAGACGAUGAACCAGACAAUUUUGACAUUGAUUGCUUCAGCCAGCUGGACAUUAAGGAUCCCUUUAGCAGCCUGACCUGCAAUUUUACUGAGCUGCCUCCUCACAACACUAACUAUACCCUGUCUCUGUGUACCAAGGAAGACAACAAGUACAUGUGCAACAACAUGAAGAAACAGGAAGAUGCAUACUUCUUACAGUUCACUGAUAUACUCUCAAAUAGAGACCUUUGCGUGUUCUCUGAGACAAAGAGAAGGGUCUGCAGGAGUCUGGUUGUGACUCACAUUGUUAAGCCUGAAGUGCCAUUUGCUAUAAACAUCACUUAUCAAAGGGAGGCAAAUGAAUAUCUUAUUCGUUACCGUACACCACACUCAGGGAAGAAAUACCUAGAGGGCAAAUUAAUGCACCAAAUAGCCUAUCGGCAGAAAGAAGGUACUUGGAAGACAAUAGAAUCGCCACACGAUCACGUAAGAUUGUUGGGACAAAAUCUCGAAAAUAAUGCAUCGUAUGAGGUGAAAGUACGUUCCCAACCCAACGGAAAAUUUUUUAAGGGCACAUGGAGUGAGUGGAGCACUUCCAAGAACUUCAGGACAGCAAGAGAGCAGCACUCCACAGAGAGCUAUAGCAGCGUGGUCAUGACUAUAUUCUCCAUCCUGGGAUUCAUGCUGUGCAUUGUUAUGAUUGCACUGAUCAUAAUUUUUUGGGAAAACAGGAUCAAGCCUGCUGUGUGGCCAAACCUUUCUGAUCAUAAAAAAACACUGGAGAAACUAUGCAAGAAGCCAAAAAAUAAUUUUGAUAUAAGCUUUAACCCAGAGAGUUUUGGUUAUGUUCAUAUCCAUAAAGUGGACGGUAUUCAGGCAAAAGCUGAACUGGAAAAUUUUCUGCAGCCAUCAGUUGCUCCAGAGACAAGUCUUCCAGAAAAAUUCAGGAAGGGAUCAGACCUGAAGAUGAUACCUGCGAUGACAGACAAAAGCAACCUAAAUCUGUCUGUGACUUAUGGAGGCAUCUGGCUGGCUGAGGCCCCACACAGACUCCUGGGCACAAGCCAGUUUGCAGUCACGGAAGGAAACUGCAGCUCCAGCACGUAUGAGGUGUGCCACGGCAACAGCGUGCCCCUGCACAACAGCAGAGGUUCCAACCUUUCCUCUGCUCCUCCCCUGGAUCCCUCUGGCCAGCCCAGUCCAGAGCCCCCAGAUGAUGACACUGUAUCCCAGAUGCUGCCUAACAGUGAAAUGAGAUCACCAAACAACGAGGAAGCCUAUGUAACAAUGUCCAGCUUCUACAAAAUUCAGUAAACCUUGCAAGAAUGACGACAUGUCUUUUUUUUUCUCUAACACAAGCAGGACAUUGAAGCUUUCUGUUUUGUUUUCCUGUAUCCUGCGAGUUCCCUCCUCCUCCCCUCACCCUGCUCACAGUGCAAUGCUGUAUCUGCAAGAAAGUUGGUUCUCCUACGUUCCAGCUAGAAGUAGCCUAACUUCAGCACUCAGUACACUGCUCACAGUCUCCACUGCAGCAGAAACUAAAUUUAAUUCAACCUGACUUUAAUCUUCAAAUCUGAUUAAUCUGGAGUAACAAGAGUGCAGUCCCAGCUGAGGACCACAACAUGUCUUGUAAAAGUUAAUGAACUCUUCUCUUACUCUCUUGGUUACAGAGCUGCGCUCUUACUAAUGCCUAAGCAAGAAAUAUGGCAACAUAUUCAAGUUAAACAGAACCCAAUCCCUUUUAAACAGUAGUAACUCAAGGGUAAUUCCUCUACAGUCAGAGUAAAUUCAUGAGUUUGCAAAAAGACAGUAAAUCAGAGUUGCUAUCAAGCAUUAGCUGCCUGGGGAUUCAGGAUCUUGAACACCACAAAUAGAUUAAGCUGACUCCUCAGGAGAAAUGGUACAUGGACCCACUUUAGAAAGAUGUUUCCUGAGGCUGAUUUAGGUUUUGGUUGGGUUUUUUUUUUGAGACACAAAACAAAGCAAAACUCUACAUGCCACUGCUUUUUGCUGUUGGUAAAGAUCUGCCCUGGAGCCAAUUACAAGAUCCACAGAUACUUCUAAUACUUUUAACGUUUUCAAUAUUUCACGUACUAACUAUGUAAAUCGAAGUCCUUUCUCUUCCUAGAAACUGAAUUAGGACUGUAAAAUGCACAGUGCUGUCUUUCUCUGCAGCUCUUGUGCAGGCAUUAGUCCAGCAUGUAAGUACUUUUCAGGGCAGAGGCUGAGCUGACCAUGUUUGUUUACUAGCAUUAUUCCCAAUGGCUGUGACUGCAUAUGAAUACUAUGAAUUUGGAGAGGCAAUGUUCUCAUGCAACAUCUGACUUAGGAAAAUGAAUGGAAUGUCAUGAAUUCUGCCAGUGAUCAGAAGACUUAUUUUCUUUUUUAAAGUAACUUGUAAAUUGGCAGGAGAUAGUAUUUAGUUUCUUGUUGGAGGGGGAGUGUGGUUUGUUUGGUUUUGGGGUUUUGGGGGUUUGUGGGGGUUUUUUGCAUUGUGACUUUUUUCUUUUUUACAGUAUCACAUUUUAUUUUUUUUCUUUUACAUUAUGGCUGAGCCACUUCACAGUCCUCCUUAGAUUCUGUAUAUUGUGGAGCACAUACUUGGAGAUAAAGCUGCUACAGCCACAUGAUUGCAUGAGAGCAGAGCAGUGUGGCCUUGGGAAAUCCAAACUGCUUUGUUGCCCUCUGGGAUUCAGGUUCACCUCACUGUGCAGUCUCAGUUCCUCUAGCUGUUUGAAAUUCUCCUUUACCAAACUGUAUUCACAGAGUCUAAGGGUGAAAAGAGUCCUCUCUCAUGCUCAAAGCUGCUCAGAUUUGUUCUGUCUGGUAAUGGUCACAGAGAUGUUGCAAAACCUCAGCUGCUUCCAUCUGCCUUUGCCAAGACAGCUUUGUGCCAGGAGAACAUCAAAAUUAAUAUAUCUUGUGGUCUAAUUUCAAGAAGAUAUGGCAGAGAGUGGAGCUUGCAUUAAACUGCAUUGCUUGAAUCAGAAUUUUAUGCUGCAGAAGACAGUAUAAUACAAAAAAUUCUGGACCAUAUGAAGCCAAAACCAGCCCUCCCAAGACAGUACUCCACCUUCUUCACCUCCACUCAGCACCAGGAAAACCUUCGAACGGGGAGAACUUAUAGUCACUGUGUGUAAUGGGGCCUCAUAUUUGGCUCAAAGCAUUCCAGUGACAUUUUACAGAACGGUUUUUACUGCUGUUUAUUGCUGAAUGAAGCACUGGUUGAUGCAGAAGAAAAAGAUGAAAGCCCUGGACAUUCAUUUGGUUUACAACGCUUAUAUUUCUUUUUCAAAAGAGCUGCUGGUCAUGCUCAUACUGUGUAGACUUGCACAGUGUGACUGUAGAUAGAGACAGACUGUACUGGAAAGAUAUCUUCUUCCAGCAAAACAGGGACAAACAAAAAAGGGGAUAGAAGAAGAAGAAGUAAAAGCACAUCAGGAAAAUUCUCUAUGGUAUGUGCUAUGCUUUCUUCAAUUUUAUAGCCAUCAACAAAUUUGAUGGUUGUAUUCUGAUAUAAUCACUUUUUGGAAAAAAAA